AUGACAGGAGUGUUUGACAGAAGGGUCCCCAGCAUCCGAUCCGGCGACUUCCAAGCCCCGUUCCAGACGGCCGCAGCCAUGCACCACCCGUCUCAGGAAUCGCCAACUCUGCCCGAGUCGUCGGCUACCGAUUCCGACUACUACAGCGCCCCGGGGGGAGCCCCGCACGGCUACUGCUCUCCUACCUCGGCUUCCUACGGCAAGGCGCUCAACCCGUACCAGUACCAGUACCACGGCGUGAACGGCUCCGCCGGCAGCUACCCCGCCAAAGCUUACGCCGACUACAGCUACGCCAGCCCCUACCACCAGUACGGCGGCGCCUACAACCGCGUUCCGAGCGCCACCAGCCAGCCAGAGAAAGAAGUGGCCGAGCCCGAGGUGAGGAUGGUGAACGGCAAACCAAAGAAAGUUCGUAAACCCAGGACUAUUUAUUCCAGCUUUCAGCUGGCCGCGUUACAGAGAAGGUUUCAGAAGACUCAGUACCUCGCCCUGCCCGAACGCGCCGAGCUGGCCGCCUCGCUGGGACUGACGCAAACACAGGUGAAAAUCUGGUUUCAGAACAAAAGAUCCAAGAUCAAGAAGAUCAUGAAAAACGGGGAGAUGCCCCCGGAGCAUAGCCCCAGCUCCAGCGACCCUAUGGCGUGUAACUCGCCGCAGUCUCCAGCGGUGUGGGAGCCCCAGGGCUCGUCCCGCUCGCUCAGCCACCACCCUCAUGCCCACCCUCCGACCUCCAACCAGUCCCCCGCGUCCAGCUACCUGGAGAACUCAGCUUCCUGGUACCCGAGCGCAGCCAGCUCAAUCAAUUCCCACCUGCCGCCGCCCGGCUCCUUACAGCACCCGCUGGCGCUGGCCUCCGGGACACUCUAUUAG